CUCACAGGGAACUGGCACUAAUUCCUGGCUUGCUCGUGGUGGACGGCGCGCAAGGGAACAAGGACGCUGGACCAGAUCAAGGAGAAGGAGGGAAGUUUGAUGACAAUAACCACAGAGGAAAAUAGCUCCAAGUCCACCUGCUGGGAAGGUCUGGAUGGCCGAGCCACCGUGUAAUGCUGCUGUAAAGAAAUGUAAAGAAGCUAUGCCCCAGACGCCAGUAUUUUCCAGCAUGCUUGGUUCUGGAUGCAGUGGGCAAGUACAACCAGAUACGGGAGAGAAGAGUGGAGAUCCCGUUUAUCAGGAUGGGAGUCUCGUCUCUGGAUCUCUGGAGGCCCUGAUUGAGCGCCUGGUUCCCACCACAGACUACUACCCUGAUAGGACAUAUAUCUUCACCUUCCUACUGAGCUCCCGAGUCUUCAUUCACCCCCAUGAGCUCCUGGCAAAAGUGGGACAGAUCUGCCUUAAACAGAAGCAGCAACUGGAGUCCGGAGUCGAGGCAGACAAGGCAAAGCUCAAGUCCUUUGCUGCAAAGAUCAUCCAGCUCCUGAAGGAAUGGACCGAAACCUUUCCCUAUGACUUCCAGGAUGAGAAAUCGAUGAAAGAGCUGAAGGAGAUUGCUCACAGGAUCACGCAGUGCGACGAGGAAAACGGGACUGUCAAGAAAAUCAUCAGCCAGAUGACCCAGAACCUGCUGGGGACCCUCUCUGUCCGCAACCAGUACCAGGAGAUCCGAGAGAAGUUCCGCCAACCCGUGACUGACAAAGGCGCCGUCCUUAAAACAAAGCCCCAGUCAUCGCAGAAAGACAUCCUGAGUGUUUGCUGCGACCCGCUGGUUCUCGCGCAGCAGCUCACGCACAUUGAACUGGAGAGGGUGAGCAACAUUUACCCUGAGGACCUCAUGCAUAUCGUCAGCCACGUGGACUCCCUGGAUAAUCACAAGUGCCGAGGCGACUUCACCAAGACCUACACCCUGGAGGCCUACGACAACUGGUUCAAUUGCCUCAGCAUGUUGGUGGCCACAGAGAUUUGUAAGGUGGUGAAGAAAAAGCAGCGGACGAGAAUAGUGGAGUUCUUCAUCGACGUGGCGAGGGAGUGCUUCAACAUCGGAAACUUUAAUUCCAUGAUGGCCAUUAUCUCGGGUAUGAACUUGAGCCCCGUGGCACGGCUAAAGAAAACCUGGUCUAAAGUCAAAACCGCCAAAUUUGAUGUUUUGGAGCAUCACAUGGACCCAUCCAGCAACUUCUGCAACUAUCGGACCGCCCUGCAAGGAGCAGCUCAGAGAUCCCAGACGGCCCACAGCAGCCGGGAGAAGAUCGUCAUCCCUGUCUUCAACCUCUUCAUCAAAGACAUCUACUUCCUGCACAAAAUCCACACCAACCACUUACCCAACGGCCAGAUAAACUUCAAAAAGUUCUGGGAAAUCUCAAGGCAAAUUCAUGACUUCAUGACGUGGAAGCAAGUUGAAUGCCCGUUUGAAAAGGAUAAGAAAAUCCAGAGCUAUCUACUCACGGCACCUAUUUAUAGCGAGGAAGCUCUGUUUAUUGCAUCCUUUGAAAGUGAAGGUCCAGAAAAUCAUAUGGAGAAAGACAGCUGGAAGACGCUCAGGACGACUCUUCUCAACAGGGCCUGAGACUUCGGACUUUUGUUUCGGAUUCUAAAGCACACACUAAGAACAUUAUUUUUA